CGCAAUCAUCGCGGCCGUUGCCGACGACAUCGCUAGCGUCAACACCACCGUUGUCGUUGUCGCCCUCGAAGUCAGUCAUUUAGUGAUUUUACCACUACUAUCAAUCCACAGCCGUCAUGGCUCGCCGCGCCGUGGCGCAAGUCGACUUAUCGCACAGGGGAACAUCUUGCCAGCUAGUCUCUUCGGAGUCUGCAGCUUCAGGAGAAAAAAUGCUGCAUCUGCAUCGAUUCCCUAAGUUGUUUGUAGCAGGUGUUUUCGUGUUUGGACUGGUCUGCGGUUCGGUCUUUGUUCUCUUGUGGCAGUCGCACGAAUUUCUGAGAGGAGUUGCAGCACAUUCCUCAGGGCUCGAUGAGGUGAGGCCGCGGCUGACAGGAGCGACCAAAGUCGAACUAAUCAAGCACAAGGUCGCGAAAGAGCCAGAGCCAACAGUCACCCUGGAACCAGCGCCAAAAGUGUGUGUCGUCGCCGGCGUUGGCCCCGGCAUUGGAGAGAAAGUCGCCCAACGGUUCGCGAGAGGCGGUUGUCACAUAGCCUUGCUUGCCCGCAGCCGCGACAAGUUGGUGAACAUCUCCAAGGGCAUUCCAAAUUCCAGGCCCUACGCGUGUGACGUCACAGACGGCGCACAGGUGAAGAGGGUCUUCGCCGCCAUCGGAGCAGAUCUGGGCGAUGUGGACGCUCUGAUCUACAACGUUGGGGGAGGGUUUUUCCAGCCAUACGACAACAUCACCGCAGACACCUUGGACGUCGACUUCAAGACGAACGCGCUGGGCCUGCUCCUGACGGCACAGGAAGUCGGACCCCGAAUGGCCGAGCGAGGACGCGGCGUAAUCGGAGUCACGGGUGCCACGAGCUCGUGGCGCGGCCUGGCGUACACGGCGGGUUUCGCUCCAGGGAAGUUCGCAUCCCGCGGUUUGGCGCAGUCUUUGGCCCACGAUUUGUCGCCCAAGGGCGUUCACGUCUUCUACGCCGUGAUCGACGGCGGCGUUGCCCCAAAGUCCGACCCCACGAGGAACACCACCAUGCAGCCUGAGGACAUCGCAGAGACGUACUAUUUCCUGGCACGCCAGCCGCGCUCGGCUUGGACUUUUGAGGUCAACAUGUACGCCUGGGCAGACCCUAGUUGGAUCUCGAUUUGAGGUUUCUUUGUUGCGCCGAAUAACUUCAGAAACGAUGGGAAAAACUGAUCUGCUGGCGGGAGGGCGACCUGCGAGCGUUGCGAUCUCUUCCCCCGCCUUGUUUAUGGUCUCCUCCGCCUCCGACCGACAAGCUUACACAUUCGGUCGGCUCCUGUGUCCGCUCCGCGUUGUUGUCCCCCCUCUCGGCAGGAGAGAGGCAACGUGGAGCAGCGAGUUCCCCCGCGAGUUCAUCCUCUCCGUCCUCCUCCCCCUCCUCCUCCCUCUCGUUCUCCUCCUUCUUCUCCUC